AUAAUGCUCUGUUCAACAAAUAAUUGAGGCACGCUCAUUGGCUCCAGUAGUCCCUAGCUUAUCUAAUUUCGACACCAUAUACUUGGUAGAAGAGAGGCCAGAGCACACUCAUCCAACAAUUUCAUAUUCGAUCAUCUCUUCUUUUUCUCUUCCAAUUAUAAUCAAGUUAUAACACGAAAAAUGGCUGAGGCACUCAUCUCUGUGCUUCUGGAGCAAUUGGCUUCAGUAGUAUAUCAACACACAAAUGAAGUGGUGAAACUGGUUUUGAAGGCUGACAAAGAUGUUAAAAGUUUCAGCAGCAAGCUCAAAGCCAUUCAUGGUGUGCUGGAGGAUGCAGAGAAGAAACAAGUGACGGAGGCCAGGGUCAGAGACUGGUUGCAGAAGCUCAAAGAUGUAUCGUACGAGAUGGACGACGUCCUAGACGAGUGGAACACUGAAAUUUUGAAACAACAAGUGGAGGAAGGCAAGAAGAAGGUAUGUUUCCCCACUCCUGCCAAUUGCUGUUGUUUUGGCCAAGUCAAUAAGGCAAUUCAUCAUCAUAACAUUGCUAGAAGGAUAAAGAAACUGAACGAGAAACUAACUGUGAUUGCUGCUGAAAGAGAAAUGUAUGGCUUUCAUCAAUCCACAAUAGGUGGCCAUGAUGAUCAACAGCUUAUUCAUCGACGGAAGACUUCAUCUUUGGUCGAUAUAUCUAUGAUAUUUGGCCGAGAAGAAGAAAAAGAGAUGUUGUUGAGCAAGUUGUUGAGGGGGAGUAACGAAGAUGGGGGGAGGUUCCUUGUCAUCCCUAUUGUAGGGAUGGGAGGGAUGGGGAAAACAACUCUUGCCCAAUUAGCCUAUAACAAUGAAAAGGUUACUGCCCAUUUUCACAAGAAAGUAUGGGUUUGUGUCUCAGACCCUUUUGAUGAGAUCAAGAUUGCUAAAGCGAUCACUGAAAGUCUCUUAGGAACCCCAAGCAGUUCAAAUGAGUUGGAAAUUUUAUUGCAGUGUAUCAAGACUCAUAUUGAGAAUAAAAAGUUACUCCUUGUUCUAGAUGAUGUGUGGACCGAAGACGAAACAAAGUGGGAAAAUUUGAAACUACCAAUAAUAAUGCGAAGUUGUGAAGAAGGAAGUUCAAUAUUGGUUACCACGCGAAAACAAGGGGUUGCUAAAAUGAUGAGAGCAACCAACAACAUGAUCUAUUUAGAUGAGUUGAAUGAUAAGGAUUGUUUGGCUUUGUUCAAUAGCAUCGCGUUUUUGGAUAGGGAAGAAGAUGAGGCUGAUGAGUUUGGAGCUAUUGGUAAGGAAAUUGUGAAACGGUGUAAAGGUUUGCCUCUUGCUGCAAAGACUUUGGGCAGUCUACUGUGGUAUAAGAAAACAAGAAAGGAAUGGUGGGAUGUUCUGAAUAGUAAGAUAUGGGAAUUAGAAGAAGUUGAGGAACAAGUUUUCCGACCACUGUUACUUAGUUAUUAUGAUUUGGCUCCUGCAAUCAAAAGAUGUCUUCUGUAUUGUGCAAUAUUUCCCAAAGAUUAUGACCUCAAAAAAGAUAAUUUAAUUGAGCUUUGGAUGUCACAAGAUUAUCUUAAUUCAAAGGAAAAAAAAGAAAAGAAAAGAAUAGGUCAAUAUUAUUUUGAAAAUCUAUCAAUGCGGUCUUUUUUUCAAGAUUUUAGAAAAGAUGAGAUGGGAAAUGUUUAUGGGUGCAAAAUACAUGAUAUUGUGCAUGACUUUGUGAUGUUUCUUACCAAAAAAGAAUGCACUAUUAUAGAUGCAGAUGCAGCUGAGGGAGCUAAUAAAAAAAUAGAGCCAUCAGGUGAUAAGGUUCGUCAUUUGACCUUAAUAAAUGUACCCGAAGGUCCACUUUCAUUUCCUACUUCAUGUUACGGAUGCAAAAAUAUGCGAACUCUCACACUCCUUGAUUCAAGCAUUACAACCAUAAGCUCUGGUUCAAUUAUGCAAAUGAAAUGCCUCAGGACAUUGAAUUUGAGUGGUAACAUGCUCGAUGAAGUUCCAAAAAAGAUUGGUGAAUUGAUUCAUUUGAGAUAUAUGGAUUUGUCUCGUAGUCGUAAUUUGAAAGAAUUAUCGGAAGCUGUGUGUGAUUUAUACAAUCUACAAACCCUGGUCCUUGUUCACUGCUAUGAACUUGAGAAACUGCCCAAGGCAAUGGGAAAGUUGAUUAACUUGAAGCAUCUAUAUGUUGAUGGUUGUCAUAUGCUGGAGUACUUACCGAAAGGGAUUGGGAGUUUGAAAAGUCUGCAAGUAUUGGACUGCUUUCAUGUAUGUGAGGGUGAUGAUGAAGCAUUGAAAUUUGGAGAUCUCGGAAUCAUGGACCAGCUUCAGGGGAGCCUUAAGAUAGGAUGGUUGGGGAAAGUUGAUGCGAGUGAGAUUGAGAAAGCACAGUUGGGGAAUAAGGAGCACCUCUCUCAUUUGAAAGUAGAUUUCCUCGGAGGUCGAGAGCAGAGAAAAGGUGAUUCAGAAAUAGUGAAAGCAUUGCAACCACAUCAAAAUUUGGAAUCUUUAUCCAUUUUGUGGUGCCAUGGCACCACCGAGUCUCUCUAUUGGAUCAAGUCUUUACGCAAUUUGAGAAAACUUUAUCUCGAUGGGUGGAGAUUUUGUGAGUUUUUGCCUCCUCUUGGAAAAUUGCCGUCGCUUGAAAUUCUGACAAUAAUGGAUAUGUGGAAUGUGAAAAAGGUGGGAGUUGAAUUUGUGGGAAUAGAAGAAGAACAAGUCCCUGGAACUCUAUUUCCCAAAUUGAAACGACUUUGUUUCUGGAACAUGCCCAACUGGGAAGAGUGGGCCUUUCUUUCUGAAAUCACAAUAAUGCCACGCCUUUCUGAGUUGCGAAUUGAGUGGUGCCCAAAGCUAAAAGCACUGCCAAACUUCCUCUACAAGAUUAAAGCACUGCGUACUUUGGAGAUCGUGGGUUGUUCGAUUCUGGAAGGAGAAUACGAAAAAGGCGUGGGGAAGGAGUGGCACAACAUUUCUCACAUCCCAAACGUUACAGUUCGAUGA